AUGGAGCACAUACAAGGGGCCUGGAAGACGAUCAGCAAUGGCUUUGGAUUCAAAGAUGCAGUGUUUGAUGGCCCCAGCUGCAUCUCCCCUACAAUAGUUCAGCCAUUUGGCUUUCAGCGUCGGGCAUCAGAUGAUGGCAAACUUACGGACUCUUCUAAGACAAGCAACACUAUCCGUGUUUUCUUGCCAAACAAGCAAAGAACAGUGGUCAAUGUGAGAAAUGGAAUGAGCUUGCAUGAUUGCCUUAUGAAAGCACUCAAGGUGAGGGGCCUGCAGCCGGAGUGCUGUGCAGUGUUCAGACUUCUCCAUGAACAUAAAGGUAAAAAAGCGCGUUUAGAUUGGAAUACUGAUGCCACCUCGUUGAUUGGAGAAGAACUUCAAGUAGAUUUCCUGGAUCACGUUCCCCUCACAACACACAACUUUGCUCGGAAGACCUUCCUGAAGCUUGCCUUCUGUGACAUCUGUCAGAAGUUCCUGCUAAAUGGAUUUCGAUGUCAGACUUGUGGCUACAAAUUUCAUGAGCACUGUAGCACCAAAGUACCUACUAUGUGUGUGGACUGGAGUAAUAUCAGACAACUCUUAUUGUUCCCAAAUUCUCCUAUUGGUGAUAGUGGGGUCCCAGCACUGCCUUCUUUGACAAUGCGUCGGAUGCGAGAGUCUGUUUCCCGGAUGCCUGUUAGUUCCCAGCACAGAUACUCCACACCCCACGCCUUCACGUUCAACUCUUCCAGCCCUUCCUCUGAAGGUUCCCUCUCCCAGAGGCAGAGGUCAACAUCCACACCUAAUGUCCACAUGGUCAGCACCACCCUGCCUGUGGACAGCAGGAUGAUUGAGAAUAACAGCCUGAAUGCUUCUCCCAGGGCGUGGUCCAGACGAUUUUGUUUGAGGGGAAGAGAUGCAAUUCGAAGCCACAGUGAAUCAGCCUCACCUUCAGCCUUGUCCAGCAGCCCUAACAAUCUGAGCCCAACGGGCUGGUCACAGCCCAAAACCCCUGUGCCAGCACACAGAGAGAGGGCACCAGGAUCCGGGACCCAGGAGAAAAACAAAAUCAGGCCUCGUGGACAGAGAGAUUCAAGCUAUUACUGGGAAAUAGAAGCCAGCGAAGUGAUGCUUUCCACUCGGAUUGGAUCAGGCUCAUUUGGAACGGUGUAUAAGGGCAAGUGGCAUGGAGAUGUUGCAGUGAAAAUUCUAAAAGUUGUUGACCCCACGCCAGAGCAGUUCCAGGCCUUCAGGAAUGAGGUGGCUGUCCUACGCAAAACACGGCACGUGAACAUCCUGCUCUUCAUGGGCUACAUGACAAAGGACAACCUGGCAAUUGUGACCCAGUGGUGCGAGGGCAGCAGCCUCUACAAACACCUGCAUGUCCAGGAGACUAAGUUCCAGAUGUUCCAGUUGAUUGACAUCGCCCGCCAGACUGCUCAGGGAAUGGACUAUUUGCAUGCAAAGAAUAUCAUCCACAGAGACAUGAAAUCCAACAAUAUAUUUCUCCAUGAAGGCCUGACGGUGAAAAUUGGAGAUUUUGGUUUGGCAACAGUAAAGUCGCGCUGGAGCGGUUCUCAGCAGGUCGAACAACCCACUGGCUCUGUCCUGUGGAUGGCCCCCGAGGUGAUCCGAAUGCAGGAUAAUAACCCAUUCAGCUUCCAGUCUGAUGUCUACUCCUACGGCAUUGUGCUCUAUGAGCUCAUGACAGGGGAGCUUCCUUACUCCCACAUCAAUAACCGCGACCAGAUCAUCUUCAUGGUGGGCCGAGGAUAUGCCUCCCCAGACCUCAGUAAGCUAUAUAAGAACUGCCCCAAAGCAAUGAAGAGGCUUGUAGCUGACUGUGUGAAGAAGGUUAAGGAAGAGAGGCCUCUUUUUCCCCAGAUCCUGUCUUCCAUCGAGCUUCUCCAACACUCUCUGCCGAAAAUCAACCGGAGUGCUUCUGAGCCAUCCCUGCACCGGGCGGCCCACACUGAGGAUAUCAACGCCUGCACGUUGACCACAUCCCCUAGACUGCCUGUCUUCUAGCUGACUUUGCACCUGCACUCAGGCCACCAGGGGAGGAAGGGAAGUCAGCAGGCACCACCUUUCUCCUCCCUUUUGAUGGAGGCAGAGAGCUCAUUUUCAGAGAAGCUGCUGCUAAGGACCUUCUAGACUACUCACAGGGCCUUAACUUCAUGUUGCCUUCUUUUCUACCCUUUCUGGCCCUGGGAGAGGGAAGCCAUUUGCAAUGCUGGUUUGUCCUGCUCCCUCCCUGCAUCUCU